AUGCUUUCUCAUGCGUUAGAAACCUUUGAAUCUCACUUGCAAGCAGAUGAGCUUCAACAAGAUGAUUUAAUUCAAAUCAUACAGGAAAUUGAAGAAAUCAUUACUGACAAUAAUUUCGAGGAUUCGUUGCUUCCACAAACUCUAAUUUUAUUAACCAUAUCCUAUAAGCACUUUGAUGUUAUCAAACAUUUUGAAUCUCGGGCAGUUGAUUGUUUCAGGGAGAUAUUGCGAUUUAAGGGACAAGAAAUAAUGAAAUCAAUGGAAUUGUUCGCAUUAGGACUCCAGGCAGUACAAUCUAUAUCUGAAAACGUUGAAACAACUUUAUGUGAAAUUGUUGAUGAUGUUUCUGGCACACCGACCAUCAUCCAAAUCCAUGUGUCGUGUUUCCAUUUGUUAGGAGAGGCCCUGCAGACACUACGCAACAAAGUGACAAGCGACGGCGGUGACACUUUUCCGUUGAUCGAAUUCCUCGUUAAGCAGAAGGAACACGGAUUAAGCGCGUUUUCCAGUGUUUGUUCUUGUGUCCUCAAGACAUGUUAUUGCGCGCUUACGAUUACCAAGGUUCCUGUAGUAAUAAAUAGGUUUUCCAAGAAUUGCGAGUUGCGCCAGUUAAUCUCCACGUGGUGCAAAAGAGCUCAUGAAGUUUUGGGCGACUUUUUGAAGUUUGUUGAUGAACAUUUGUUGGUAUUAGACAGUGACGAACUCGACCUAGACGAAACGAUUGCAUUCGGAAUUUCUGAUGUUUGCAACGGUCUCAUACCGAUAGCCGAAGCGAGUGCGACAGAUUAUCCGACCCUUACACUUACAUGGAAAUAUUUAGUAAGAUUAUCGGUCAAGCACCAAAGUGACGUGUUCAAAAGGACAUUAAAGCUGGAUUCGAUCAUACUUAUCCUUUGUCGCGGUGUAUCAGAAAAUUACGCAAGAUUGAUAAAAUUUGUUAUGUUCAAGAAGUCCGUUAAACAGACACCUUCGGAUGGCAAGCAGUUUGACAAGAUGUUGACAAUUGUAAGAUUUUACAUUGCACAUUUGCUGAGUAUCGUAAAAGCACAUGCAGAAGUCAUAGCAUGGGACGCAAAUCCAAUUAUUAUCCAGACCUUACGGACUACUUUAACAUUUCUCGUGAGUAAAAUGUCACCUGUGUGUGGGAUGCCGACAUAUUUUAGUAAUUUGUUGCAAGGUCGUGUGCUCCUCGUUGUCAACAAUGUCUUCCUUGCGUUGAUUAUUAACGAUAGCAUCACAAAUGAUGAUUAUCGCUACAAGAUGAUAUUCAACUUUUUCAACUUUGAUCUUGAUUCCGUGAACCGGAAUCAUUCAAGUCUGCUUGGAGAUAUAAAAAUCGACGAGUUCAAGUUUGCAAGGAUUCAUUUCUUAUUGGUGAUUUUUGCCAAUUUCGAUGACAUACCAAUCUCGCUACAUUCGAAAUUAUUUUCGGAUCCAACAAAAUCACAAACUUUUUGCCUGCUGAGACUCUUUUUCGAUACACUAGACGAUUACCCGGAAUGCUUUCUUUUCACUUUGAUAGACGCGCCCAAUGCAGAAAGCUUCGCUGCACCAUCAAUUGUCGGUUCUAAUCUGGCACCUUUAGAAGAUUCCUUCUACAUGCAUGUGGUGAUUACAUUUUGUACAUUCGUAAAAAUGCUAUCGCCGUUACUGUUUACGCUGUGCGAACACUACAUGUUAGAAUUCUUGUUGAUCUCUCGGAGUACCACAACCUGUGCUUUAAUCAUUGAUUCCUGGUGCUGCGUUGGAAAAUCAUUGGCGAACUGCGAAUUAUAUCAUCAAGUUCAAUUAAUAUUGGAAAUUAUCUCCAAACUUCCCAAUACGCCUUCAGUACGAUGUCGAUUGCAAAGGCUUUCAAAACGCCUGAUCCAAUUUCUCGAUUCUGAGCAAGUGGCCAAAGCGUCCGAACAAUUUCUUUUCUCCUUGCCCGAUGGGGGAAAGGCAGCUCUCGUUAGCGGUGUAACUAAAGUUCAAAUAAAGAUGUCUGGGUACGCACAAAUAUGUUCAUGGAUCAACUUUUACGUCCAAAAUGUUCGAAAUUUGUCAGCUGACGGAUUAUUUGCACUUCACUUUGUCAUCUUGCAUGUAAAAAAUAUCCUUUUAACACGCAACGACAUUCAACUCAAUCCUUUCAACCUUGUACAUAUGACAUUGGGAUUUUUAAAGAAUUGCAUAUAUUCUCUGAAUGACUUGCAGCCUUCUUCGUCGGAAUUCAGAAAAGUUUUCACGACGGUCGAAAGUGUUUUCUGCCUUUUGACAGACACACGAUCACUAUCUAUUGAGGAAGCACGAGAGAUUCUCAGAACGACGGAUCUUUGGAUCUCUUCACCGCAUUUGAAAAGAUUUAUGUGUUUCUUUGGUGUAUACAAUUUCAUUGUUGAUUAUGCUGAUACAUUACUCCAAUCAAGUGACAAGCAAAGUUUGAUCAGCAUUUUCGAGGAGUCAUUACAAAGUGCUGACUGGCUAAAAAAUCACGAAGCAACCGCGCUGAUUGCAAAUCUCGAAAUAAUUCAACUUGUUGUAUCCGAAAGACACGAGUCAAUAAAAAGAUUUACAAACCAUUCGCCCUCCCAUUUUGACAAUGAACCUGUGACUGAAUCGGAUUUCUGGAAGUUUAACGAUAAUGGUGAAGUUGAUGAGUGGAAUAAAUUACUACCAAUGAAAGAUCUACUUAACGACGAGCUGAUGUCCCUCUCAAGAAUUUUAUAUUUGACGUCAUGUAAGGUUGACAAAGGUAAAGAAUCGGUGAUGCAAGAGCAAGAUUGUUUGAACGGAGCAUGUUUAGUGCAGAACUUUAUUCGGGAAUGUCAUCAGAUGGCGAUUACUCCCGAGAUAAGGAAUGUGUUGUCAAACUUGAGAGAUCUUUUAAAUAAUUUCUUCGAUAAAGAAUAA